GGGGCCUCGGCCGGGGGGAAUGAGGCGGCCGCGGCGAGCCAGCGGCGGAGCCGUGUAGCGGAGUAGCGGCUCCCCCUCCCUGCUUCCCUUGGCUGAGCCGGGGGCGCGCGCGCGCGCGCGGCCGUCCGGAACGGGCUCCCCACCCUCGACUCCCGAGACCCGCGCCGCACCCCCCAACCUGGGCCCGGAGGAUGAUGAAGCUCAAGUCGAACCAGACCCGCACCUAUGACGGCGACGGCUACAAGAAGCGGGCCGCGUGCCUGUGUUUCCGCAGCGAGAGUGAGGAGGAGGUGCUACUUGUGAGCAGCAGUCGUCAUCCAGACCGGUGGAUCGUCCCUGGAGGGGGCAUGGAGCCCGAGGAGGAGCCGGGCGUGGCCGCAGUCCGUGAAGUCUGUGAGGAGGCUGGAGUAAAAGGGACUUUGGGAAGAUUAGUUGGAGUUUUUGAGAACCAGGAGAGGAAGCAUAGAACAUACGUCUAUGUGCUCAUUGUCACAGAAGUGCUGGAAGACUGGGAAGACUCAGUCAGCAUUGGAAGGAAGCGGGAAUGGUUUAAAAUAGAAGAUGCCAUAAAAGUGCUGCAGUGUCACAAACCGGUGCAGGCGUCGUAUUUUGAAACGUUGAGGCAAGGCUACUCAGCCAACAACGGCACCCCACUCGUGGCCCCUACAUACUCAGUGUCUGCUCAGAGCUCGAUGCAGGGCAUCAGAUGACUGAAGAUUCCUGUAAGAGAAGUGAAAAUGGAAAGGAGACUGAAGUGCAGGUCUUCCCUCUCACCCUUGCUCUUUCACCUCUCCUCACAGGCCUCCUCUUUCAAAUAAGGCGUGACGGGCAGCAGAGAAAGGGUUUAUUGAUAAUGUUGCUGUUUGGUGUUAAGUGAUGGGGCUUUUUCUUCUCUUUUUAUUGAGGGGGUGGGGGUUGGGUAUGUAAUUUGUUAGUACUUUUGUGCAUGAUCUGUCUCUCCCUUUUCACACCCCUACAACUCUCUAAAGAGGCAAACAGCCUUCCCUCUGCCUUGGAUUCUGAAGUGUUCCUGUUUGUCUCAUCCCAGCCCUGGCCAGAUUUUUUUUUUUUUUUUUAAUUAAAAUAUAUCCAAUAUGAGAUUAAACCUUUCAAGAAUUUGUCCCAUGACAUGCUGUUCAGUCCAGUAGGUUGGUCACUUUCACUGCAGGAUGCAUUUAUCUACACAUUAUAUACUGGACAUAUAAUAUGUAAAUAAAUGACUUUUAGAAGAGGCAUUUGUUUUAACUUUUCAAGGUUUUGUUUUUCAAAUUUGGGGUGUUUCUGAAGCGGAGAGCCUCACAAUUCAUUUGCUUUUUCAUUUUUGAUGCUAGUGGCUAGGUGAGUUUCCCCUCCCUCUCCUUUCCCCAGUCGCCGGUGUACCGUCUGGGAAGGGUUCAGCUACUUCAUAGUGCUCCCAGGACUCAUGCCUUCUCUUCUCAAAGCUGUGUUUCCACGCCAAGAAAGAAACAGGAAGAAACCUAUUUUCUUUUUUAUUACCAAGCCAGGAGCAGAUGGCCUCAGUUCAGACCCAGAGAAACAAUGCUAGAAAUUGAAUUCCUCCCUACGUGUCGACAAUAGGGAUUUGAACUGGAUUCUUGGGAUUACUAUCAAAAAAACUGGAGCAUCGAGCACUGUUUCUCUCCUGCUGGUUUGGAGUUUUUUCCAUAAUGCUACUUACCGCCGACAGCGGCCUCUCCCCAUGCAUCCAUGCCUUACAGCGCGGAGCUGGGCCUUGUCCUGCACCCCGAAGCACCCAGCUGUGCUCGGCAGCUGCGGCUGCGCAGUCCUGUCCCGUUCUGGGUGGCCAUGUUACGUUCCUGAGAAGUACACAGGAGGGAAAUUCAGAUGUUUGCUUGUCUUUGUAAUGUUAUAGCACUUGUAAUUGCACCAUGGAGCAUGCUCAGAAAUAUUAAAUUUAUCUCCCACCAGGAUGUGAAAGGUCCAUCAUCUGCUGAGAAGUGGUACAGGAGAAUGCUUAAUCAUUUACUAGAACGGCUACAUAAUGCGUUGGCUCACUGCAGACUGUCUUGUUGGUUUUUGAUACUGGUUGGAUGCUGGCUUCAUUUGCCAGUUGUGCUGUUUAGCAGACAAGUGCACAGAAAAGGGUCUAGAGACUGGGGGUGGAGCGGGGGGACCCUGAUCAAUCCCUGGCUUUGGGACAGGAGUUUGUUGCUAAACUGUUAGUGGCAUCUCCUUUGUCAAAACACAGCCGAGAUGUGAAAUUAAAAUCGUAGUUCUCUUUAUUUAAAAAGUCUAAUAAAUACUCAAACUUUGAAAAA